CCCUCCGCUCCCGGUGCUCCCGCCGCUCCCGGUGCUCCGCGUCCCUCUGCCGCCCCGCGCCUCGUCGCCGACACCCCGCCACCAUGGAGGCCAUCAAGAAGAAGAUGCAGAUGCUGAAAUUGGACAAGGAGAAUGCCAUCGACCGCGCCGAGCAAGCGGAGGCUGAUAAGAAGCAGGCGGAGGAUCGCUGCAAGCAGCUGGAGGAAGAACAGCAGGGCCUGCAGAAGAAGCUGAAGGGCACUGAGGAUGAGGUGGAGAAGUACUCCGAGUCUGUCAAGGAGGCCCAGGAGAAGCUGGAGCAGGCGGAGAAGAAAGCUACAGAUGCUGAGGCUGAAGUGGCUUCCCUCAACCGCCGUAUCCAGCUGGUAGAGGAGGAGCUGGACCGCGCCCAGGAGCGUCUGGCCACUGCCCUGCAGAAGCUGGAGGAAGCUGAGAAGGCGGCUGAUGAGAGCGAGAGAGGGAUGAAGGUCAUCGAAAACAGGGCCAUGAAGGAUGAAGAGAAGAUGGAACUCCAGGAAAUGCAGCUGAAGGAGGCGAAGCACAUAGCAGAGGAGGCUGACCGCAAAUAUGAGGAGGUUGCCCGCAAGCUGGUCGUUCUUGAGGGAGAGCUGGAGCGCUCCGAGGAGAGGGCAGAGGUGGCAGAGAGUAAAUGUGGUGACCUAGAGGAGGAGCUGAAAAUUGUCACCAACAACUUGAAGUCCCUGGAGGCCCAGGCUGACAAGUAUUCCACCAAGGAGGAUAAGUACGAGGAGGAAAUCAAGCUUCUAGGGGAAAAGCUGAAGGAGGCUGAGACCCGGGCGGAGUUUGCCGAGAGGUCUGUGGCGAAGCUGGAGAAAACCAUUGAUGACCUAGAAGAUGAAGUGUAUGCGCAGAAGAUGAAGUACAAAGCCAUCAGCGAGGAGCUGGACAAUGCACUUAAUGACAUCACCUCCCUCUGAGCCCCACGCUGGGCACCAGCACUGCACCUGCUCCCUGCCUGUCACUCCCCAGUUUGGCUGUUUGCCUGCCUGGCCAUCCCACCUCUCUCCCUACCCUCUCUGUCCUCUGUCCUACCUAGCCUGUGCCUGUCCAUCAGCUCCUUUGGGACAGGAGCUGACCCGGGGUGUUCCCGCUGUACCCCUCUUUGGGGAGACAAGGUGUAGGUGCUUAGAGCUGUUUGUUCAGGGCAGGAGAGCAGCCCCACAUACUGACUGGACAGUGUAGUUGUAGGCCCAUGCCACAGCAUUGCCCUGGGGAUCAGGACUGUGCCCAGAAGCCCUUUGUUCCAGCAGCUCCCUCCUUGGCUCCCCAGCAGCAGAAGCACUGGGGACCCUGCAGCUCCAGGGCUGGGGGGCCAUUUCCCCCCCCGAUAUACUUCCAGCAAAGUCCCCUGGUGCUGCUUGCUGGCCCCAGCAUGGGGAUGACCUGCAUUGGGGAAGCGGCACCUUCACUGCCAAAGCUCAGGCCUGGGGGAUAGAGGGUUGGAUCCAACUGUGCAGACACCUUGUUCCCCGGCAGGCAGGCGACCCUCACUCCUCCCUCACCCUUCUGUCCUUUGCACAUUGCUCUUCAGUUUGCAUCUCAUGACUUUUCUUUUGUGUUCUGUCCCUCUGGGUUAAUGAGUUGAUAUCAAUAAAAAUUUAACAUUGGUU